AUGGACAGAAGAAGUUGUUAUGGGAAGAAAUCCUCAGUAGAAGAUGUCCAAAGUACUGACGGGAAGCUGCAACAAGUAUUUUGGGACGAUGACUCAGAGGUUUCACCGGAAGAACUUGAGCGUUUGCGGGAACUCGCAGUGGAAAAGCAGAAAGAAGGAGCAGCCCCGUUGCCGGUGGUGCGCCUUUGCUUCGUCGGUCGAGGUCGCGCAGGGAAAACGACAACUCUAAGGCGGCUCAAAGGUGAACCAUUUCGAGACGAAGAGCCAUCCACCCAUGGUCUAGAUGUUUGGGCCGGCCAAGCUGAAGCCCAUCUACAAGCAGACGGAAGCGCAGCUGGCCCGUGGAAGGAAUGGAAGGAAUCCGUGCACCAUACUGCUGUCAAGGACGUGUUUGCAUGUGCAUAUCACAUUGGAUUCACUCAGCGAAUCCAAAGUUGUUCAUGUCCCAUAUGGCAAGCAACCCUUUCGUGGUUUUCAGAAUCGUUGGCAACGACAAUUCCAAGCAGGCAACCAGAUCACAUGAUUCUGUGA